AGUUGCCAUGGUGACGUCAAAGCAACUGCCGAUGUUACGAUUUUCAAUUUAUUGUUUGGAAGGCUGAUUUCCGAUGACCGUUUUUAAACUCAUCUUCAUUAAUUUAUUCUUGGUUUUCUUGGUGGCUUUUGCUUGGAUUCCAGUCAUCAUUGCUGGUUUGAGCUCAUCAUUUAGGAGAGGUAGUUGUUAUUAAUACAUCAUGGCUUUGUCAUUAGAUUCUGCCACACAGCAAGUCCAAGAACGGUUGAAGGGGAUCUACAAGUUGGUCAAGCAGAUUCAAGAAGAGAAAGUUCGUAAUGAAGGCAACUUAAAUGCUGUUAUCAAAGCUCAUGAAAAACUUCAGUCAGAUGACAAAAUUUCUCCAUAUCACAAGUCUAAAUUAAAAGGACUGUAUUGCUCUGUGGUGGCUGAUGCUGAAAAAGAAGAGGACCUUAUUCGUAAGGCAUUAAGCAAAAUCUAUGAAAUUCGCGUCAUCAGACAUGAAAGGAGAAUUCAGGCAAAACAAGCUGGCAGUAAGGAAACUAUAAGAAGAGGUGCUCUCAUGAAAAUGCUUCUCGUUACUGCUCAAACUCUCCCGCUGUGGAUCAGUAAGUCAGGACAACAGCCACCAGCAUUAUGUGGAGCAGUUCCAGCUGACCCAACUUACGUUGCCAAACUGGGAGAUAUUGUUGCGGCUUUGGUAAAGAGUACAGACGGCGAUGAGAAUUGGAUUUUGGCAGAAGUCGUUCAAUAUUUAGCUUCUUCUGGGCGCUAUGAAGUGGAUGAUAUUGACGAGGAACAGAAAGAGCGACACACUUUAAGCAAACGCAGAGUAAUUCCUCUUCCUUUGAUGCGAGCUAAUCCUGAAACCGAUCCCGAUGCUUUGUUCCCAAAAGGAGCCACUGUCAUGGCUUUGUAUCCACAAACGACCUGUUUUUACAAAGCGGUAAUCAAUCAAUUACCCCAAACAGCUCAAGAUGAAUACCAAGUUCUUUUUGAAGAUUCUAGCUAUACUGAAGGAUUCAGUCCGCCUUUGAUGGUGGCGCAACGAUAUGUCAUAGCUAUCAAAGAGAAAAAGAAAUGAUUUCAAAUACAUUUGACCCUUUUUUCUA